UCACCGAACGGCCGCAAACAGGCGAGACAACAUUUCGCCCGAGAAAAUAGUUCUGCAGUCGCGGCCGAAUCUUGCUGACAAUUCGCGUCUUGCGGUCCUAAUCCACGUCGCAAAUUGUUUAUCAGACACCGCUGACGACUCGUUCGAUUCAUUCGCUAGCGUGAGCUUCGACAAAGUCGGAGCGCACCAGCGAACGCUUCAUCCUACGUGUCGGCUCGUCCAAGUAGAGGUAGUUUCGUGUAGACCGUUUCGGCGUCAAUUGACUGACAAAAAUCGCCCGUCUCACACAUCAGAAUGGCCUUCAGGGGACCCAGACCGGACUACGGUCAGCAGGGGGGUGGGCAGCAGUGGCGUGGGGGCGGCGGAGGGGGCCGUCCCCAGCCCGGGGGAGGCAUGGGGGGUGGCCGUCCCAUGAUGGGGGGCUUUGGGGGCAGCUUCAUGGGCAACAGCCUCAAGGGCAAGCAGCCCGGGGGGAACCUGCGCAAACCGGACUGGGACCGCAUCCAGCUGCAGCCCUUCCAGAAGAACUUCUACCAGGAGCACGUGGACACCGCCAGCCGCUCGGAGGAAGAGAUAGAGCAGCACAGGCAGCAGCACGAGAUGACCCUUCGUGGCCGGGACGUGCCCCGCCCCAUCCUCACCUUUCAGGAAGGCUGCUUUCCAGAUUACUGUAUGAAGAUGAUUGAGACCCAAAACUACACAACGCCGACUGCCAUCCAGUCCCAGGGUUGGCCGAUUGCACUCAGCGGCCGCGACAUGGUCGGCAUCGCUCAGACCGGCUCGGGAAAGACUCUGGCUUACAUCUUGCCGGCGAUCGUACACAUUACCCACCAGCCUUACCUUCAGCGGGGCGACGGACCCAUG